GACCGCAUUUGAAGUGCAACUUGCAUUAAAGGUCUUCCUUUCGUUUUCAAUAUUCAAUUACAGAGUGAAAGACAGUACAGCAAAGCCACAGCAAUGGCGGAUCCAAUUAAGAAGAAAAUGUUGAAAGAAGAAGUCGUUACCUACGCUUACCUCCUCCUCUACAUCGCUCUCUCCAGCGGUCAAAUCUUCUUCAACAAGUGGGUUUUGUCAUCUAAGGAAAUAAAUUUUCCUUAUCCCCUUGGGUUGACUCUGCUUCACAUGGUCUUCUCUUCUGUACUAUGUUUUUUACUCACUAAAGUCUUCAAGAUUAUGAAAGUUGAGGAAGGAAUGACCAUAGAAAUAUACACAACAUCUGUUAUCCCUAUUGGUGCCAUGUUUGCAAUGACUCUUUGGCUGGGAAACACUGCCUACCUGUAUAUAUCUGUUGCAUUUGCACAAAUGCUGAAGGCAAUUAUGCCAGUGGCUGUUUUCAUCCUUGGAGUUGCAGCAGGACUGGAGGUAAUGAGCUGCAGAAUGCUUUUAAUAAUGUCCGUGAUAAGUUUUGGUGUUCUUGUGGCAUCUUACGGAGAAAUAAAUAUUAGCUGGAUUGGAGUUGUUUACCAAAUGGGUGGUGUUGUUGGAGAAGCUUUAAGACUUAUAUUCAUGGAGAUUUUGGUUAAGCGAAAGGGCCUCAAAUUAAACCCUAUAUCUCUCAUGUAUUAUGUUAGUCCUUGCAGCGCUAUUUGUCUGUUUAUUCCUUGGAUCUUUCUGGAGAAACCAAAAAUGGAAACCCAUGGGAUGUGGAACCUUCAGCCUGUUGUGCUAACACUCAACUCUCUUUGCACAUUUGCACUCAACUUAUCAGUUUUCCUAGUGAUCUCACACACUAGUGCUCUAACCAUUCGGGUUGCUGGAGUUGUCAAGGAUUGGGUGGUUGUUUUAUUAUCUGCCCUUCUUUUUGCAGAUACAAAGUUGACAGUCAUAAAUUUAUUUGGUUAUGGCAUUGCCAUUGUUGGUGUGGCUGCAUAUAAUAAUCACAAGUUGAAGAAAGAAGCUUCUCGUCGUGUCUCUGAUGACUCCCAAGAGGGGCAGGCCAUACUGAUGGCUGCAUCCUCAACUCCAAAUAGAUAGUUAUGUACAAUAUGAUUUUGAAGUAUAUAAUUGCAUCCGACAGAGCUAUUCCGAAUUGCCAGUUGAUCACAUUGGUCUCUAUUUAUUUUUUUUGCCACUACCAAGCUGCAGCCAUUGUUAUAUUGGAGAAAGUGACAUGUUGAGAUCUAAGGUAAAGAAGAAAAACUGUAAAGAAAUACUUGGAAGCUAUAGUGAUAUGACUUUUGCCUUUGAUAUGUCUUGAAUUUUAUACACAUUGACAAUUGAAAUGCACAUGGUUUUAUUGGUAUGGAUUUAGCAGGGUAAAACUUUCAGCUUAUUUUGGGAUAUAUUUUCAGUUUUUUUUUUUUUUUGUGAUAUUGGACUACAGAAUGUAAAGUAGUCUUCUCGCAUUCCCUAAAUCUCAUUCAAUCGAUUUUCAUAAUUCGAUGUUACAAAAACCAAAAAAAAAAAAAAAACACACACACACACACACACAAUACCUACUUGUCUGACGCAUGAGGUGGGGCAACUCGAAUGUACCAAGUCAAGGCCACCGUGCAAAAUUUGGACAAUCUGAUGUGGACUGAGGUUAUGAGCUGUAACAAGUCACCAAAGUCCACUUGAAUUGCACUGAACUUUUCCACCUCUCCCACUUGUGGUAGUGCAUUUGUGUCUAAUAAAUCCUAUGUGUCCCCUCCAUUUCCUUUUCUUGGUGUCUUAUGCAAUAUGGCAUUUUUCGUGUUUCUAGCUCUAGAAGAAG